UAGAGGUCUGAGGAGGGCAGUUGCUUGCUCAGGUUUGGGCAUGUUGACCUCGGGCAUCUGACACAGCCAGUGCCUCAGACUUGGGCUCUGUGUGAAUAAUGUUCAGCAUCCAAGAGGAGUACUAGGAGGUGGCCUGCAUCGGCGGCGGUUUCGGGGAAGACUGAUCGUAGGUUUCUGUGGAGUGUGGGGAGCUCCUGCUUGUCUAUACAGCUGUUUUUCGGGAGCCACCUCCCCAGGGAAGGUGCAGAGCUCCUACUGGACGAACCAUGAAGAAUCGGUUUGUGAUGCUGGGCCUGGUGGCCGUGGUUCUGGUAUUCGUCAUCAUUGGCCUCUGCAUCUGGCUGCCCUACACUUCUAGGAAGCCCGACCAUGUGUACACCAGGGCAGCCGUGGCCACGGACGCCAAGCGCUGCUCAGAGAUUGGCCGGGACAUGCUACAGGAGGGUGGUUCCGUGGUGGAUGCAGCCAUCGCAAGCCUGCUAUGUAUGGGGCUCAUGAAUGCCCACAGUAUGGGCAUCGGGGGCGGCCUAUUCUUCACCAUCUACAACAGCACCACACGGAAAGCUGAGGUUAUCAAUGCCCGUGAGGUGGCUCCCAGGCUGGCCAAUGCCAGCAUGUUCAACAACUCGAAGGACUCUGAAGAAGGUGGCCUUUCAGUGGCAGUUCCUGGUGAAAUCAGUGGCUACCAGCUGGCACACCAACGGCAUGGGCGAUUACCCUGGGCUCGCCUCUUCCAGCCCAGCAUUGAGUUGGCCCGCUAUGGCUUCCCUGUGGGCAAGGGCUUGGCAAUGGCCCUGGACAGAAAACGGGACAUCAUUGAACAGACACCUGCCUUGUGCGAGGUCUUCUGCCGUCACGGGAAGGUGCUUCGGGAGGGCGAGACAGUGACUAUGCCCAGGCUGGCCGAUACGUUGCAGGUACUGGCCCAGGAAGGUGCCCAGGCCUUCUACAACGGGAGCCUCACAGCCCAGAUUGUGAAGGACAUCCAGGAGGCUGGAGGCAUUAUGACAGUCCAGGACCUGAAUGACUACCGUGCGGAGCUGAUUGAGCACCCGAUGAGCAUCAGCCUUGGGGACUCGACACUGUAUGUGCCCAGUGCCCCACUCAGCGGGCCGGUGCUGGUUCUCAUCUUGAACAUCCUCAAAGGAUACAACUUCUCUCCGAAGAGUGUGGCAACCCCUGAAGAGAAGGCGCUGACGUAUCACCGUAUCGUGGAGGCCUUCCGGUUUGCCUAUGCCAAGAGGACCAUGCUUGGUGACCCAAAGUUUGUCAAUGUGUCUCAGGUGAUCCGCAACAUGAGCUCUGAGUUCUUCGCUGCUCAGCUUCGAGCCCGCAUCUCUGAUGGAACCACUCAUCCGACUUCCUACUAUGAGCCUGAGUUCUACCUUCCCGAUGAUGGGGGCACCGCUCACCUGUCCGUGGUUGCGGAGGAUGGUAGUGCCGUGUCCGCUACAAGCACCAUCAACCUCUAUUUCGGCUCCAAGGUCCUUUCUCGGGUCAGCGGUAUCCUGUUUAACGAUGAGAUGGACGACUUCAGCUCACCCAACUUCGUCAACCAGUUUGGGGUAUCCCCCUCACCAGCCAACUUCAUCAAGCCAGGGAAGCAACCACUCUCAUCCAUGUGUCCCACAAUCAUUGUGGAUAAGGAUGGCAAGGUCCAGAUGGUAGUGGGAGCAUCGGGAGGCACACAGAUCACCACAUCCACCGCACUGUACAUGCCUUUGGCCUACCCCUUCCCACCCCCAUCUCUCCCUGCCCUUUUGCUCCGGGGCUAUGCUGACAUGUUGGCUAUCCUCUCCCUCCAGGCCAUUAUCAACAACCUGUGGUUUGGCUAUGAUGUGAAGAGAGCAGUGGAGGAGCCCCGAUUACACAACCAGCUUUUGCCCAAUACCACAACAAUUGAGAAAAACAUCGAUCAGGUGGUGGCUGCAGGCCUUAAGACUCGGAACCAUUACACAGAGGUCACCAACACCUUCAUUGCUGUGGUUCAGGCCGUUGUUCAAACAUCCAGCGGUUGGGCAGCUGCCUCAGACUCCAGGAAAGGCGGGGAGCCAGCUGGCUACUGAGUGCUCAGAAGGGGCAAGACCAACGUGCAAUCCAGGACGAGAUACAGACCAGGAACAAGAGUGGGACUUUGGAGGACAUGCUGCUCCGGAGUGGGACAGGGCAGCACAAUAAAUGGGCUCAACUGCCAAGCUCCA